GAGAAAGACACAAGAGUAUGUGAACAUCCUCUGUCAGAUAUAGUGAUUGCUGGUGAAGCAGCUCACCCAUUACCCCACACUUUUCAUCGCCUACUCCAGACAAUCUCUGAUCUUAUGAUGUCUCUUCCCAGUGGUAGUGCAUUACAGCAAAUGGCCUUAAGGUGCUGGAGUCUCAAAUUCAAACAAUCUGAUCACCAGUUCCUGCACCAGAGCAAUGUUUUUCAUCAUAUCAACAAUAUUUUGUCUAAAUCUGAUGAUGGAGAUAGUGAAGAGAGUUUUAGUAUCAGUAUUCAGUCUGGUUUUGAAGUCAUGAAUCAGGAACUGUGUAUAGUCGUUUGUCUGAAAGACCUAACCAGCAUUGUUGACAUUAAAACAUCAAGCCGACCUGCCAUGAUUGGUAGCUUAACAGAUGGAUCUACAGAAACAUUCUGGGAGUCAGGAGAUGAAGAUAAAAACAAAACUAAAAACAUCACAAUUAACUGUGUAAAAGGAAUCAAUGCACGUUAUGUGUGUGUUCAUGUAGACAAUUCCAGAGAUCUUGGGAACAAAGUAACUUCAAUGACUUUCCUAACUGGCAAGGCAGUAGAAGAUCUCUGCAGAAUAAAGCAGGUAGACUUGGAUUCAAGACAUAUUGGCUGGGUAACAAGUGAACUUCCUGGGGGUGAUAAUCACAUCAUCAAAAUUGAAUUGAAGGGUCCAGAGAACACCCUAAGAGUUCGACAAGUGAAAAUGCUUGGAUGGAAAGAUGGUGAAAGCAUUAAAAUAGCAGGCCAGAUUUCUGCAAGUGUAGCUCAACAAAGAAACUGUGAAUCUGAGACACUGCGAGUAUUCCGACUUAUUACAUCCCAGGUAUUUGGAAAACUCAUCUCUGGAGAUGCUGAGCCAACCCCAGAACAAGAAGAAAAAGCACUGUUGUCUUCCCCAGAAGGAGAAGAAAAAGUACACAAUGCAACAUCAGAUGCAGACCUGAAGGAGCACAUGGUAGGGAUCAUAUUCAGCCGGAGCAAACUGACAAAUUUGCAGAAGCAGGUAUGUGCUCAUAUAGUCCAGGCCAUACGAAUGGAAGCAACCCGUGUGCGUGAAGAAUGGGAGCAUGCCAUCUCUAGCAAAGAGAACGCCAACUCGCAGCCUAACGAUGAAGAUGCUUCUUCUGACGCGUAUUGCUUUGAGCUGCUGUCAAUGGUUCUGGCAUUGAGCGGUUCCAAUGUAGGCCGGCAGUAUCUGGCUCAGCAGUUGACUUUGCUCCAGGACCUCUUCUCAUUACUACAUACUGCUUCUCCCAGGGUGCAGAGACAGGUAACAUCAUUACUAAGACGUGUUUUGCCUGAGGUAACCCCUAGUCGCCUGGCUAGUAUUAUAGGAGUGAAGUCUCUUCCACCAGCAGAUAUAAGUGAUAUCAUUCACUCAACAGAAAAAGGAGAUUGGAAUAAACUAGGUAUCUUAGACAUGUUUUUGGGGUGCAUUGCCAAAGCUCUCACUGUACAGCUAAAAGCCAAAGGAACUACUAUAACAGGGACAGCUGGCACUACUGCAGGCAAAGGAGUUACUACAGUCACGCUUCCAAUGAUCUUCAAUUCCAGCUAUAUUCGGCGAGGUGAAAGCCAUUGGUGGAUGAAAGGUUCAACACCUACACAGAUUUCAGAGAUCAUUAUUAAACUCAUUAAAGACAUGGCAGCAGGUCAUCUGUCGGAAGCUUGGUCCCGUGUGACAAAGAAUGCUAUUGCUGAAACCAUCAUAGCUCUGACCAAAAUGGAAGAAGAAUACAGAUCACCAGUGAGGUGCAUUGCAACAACCAGACUAUGGCUGGCCUUAGCAUCCCUCUGUGUACUUGAUCAGGAUCAUGUUGAUAGACUAUCCUCAGGAAGAUGGAUGGGAAAGGACGGACAACAGAAACAGAUGCCAAUGUGUGAUAACCAUGAUGAUGGUGAAACUGCCGCAAUCAUUUUAUGUAAUGUCUGUGGGAAUUUGUGUACAGAUUGUGACCGAUUCCUUCAUCUCCAUCGGCGAACAAAAACUCAUCAGAGACAGGUAUUCAAAGAAGAAGAAGAAGCUAUCAAAGUUGAUCUCCAUGAGGGUUGUGGUAGGACCAAACUUUUCUGGCUGAUGGCAUUAGCAGAUUCUAAAACUAUGAAGGCUAUGGUGGAGUUUAGAGAACAGACAGGCAAACCGACCACCAGCAGUUCUGAAGCAUGUCGUUUCUGUGGAUGUAGGAGUGGAACAGAAUUAUCAGCAGUGGGAAGCGUUUGUUCUGAUACAGAUUGCCAGGAGUAUGCUAAAAUUGCCUGCAGCAAGACACACCCCUGUGGUCAUCCAUGUGGAGGCGUUAAGAACGAAGAGCACUGUUUGCCAUGUUUGCAUGGCUGUGAUAAGAAUGCUACAGCUCUUAAACAAGAUGCUGAUGACAUGUGCAUGAUCUGCUUUACUGAAGCACUUUCAGCAGCACCAGCUAUUCAGCUGGACUGCAGCCACGUUUUCCAUUUGCAAUGCUGUCAACGAGUCCUAGAAAACAGAUGGCUUGGGCCAAGGAUAACUUUUGGGUUUAUGUCCUGUCCUAUUUGCAAGAACAAAAUCAAUCAUACAGUAUUAAAGGAUUUGCUUGAUCCAAUCAAAGAACUCUAUGAAGAUGUAAGGAGAAAAGCGCUAAUGAGAUUGGAGUAUGAAGGGUUGCACAAGAGUGAGGCCAUCACAACACCAGGUGUUAGAUUUUAUAAUGACCCAGCUGGCUAUGCUAUGAACAGAUAUGCUUAUUAUGUUUGCUACAAGUGCAAAAAGGCAUAUUUUGGUGGCGAAGCUCGCUGUGAUGCUGAGGCUGGACAAGGAGAUGACUAUGAUCCAAGAGAACUUAUUUGUGGUGCGUGCUCUGAUGUUUCAAGGGCUCAGAUGUGUCCCAAACACGGUACAGAUUUCUUAGAAUACAAAUGCCGCUACUGCUGUUCAGUUGCUGUUUUUUUCUGUUUUGGGACAACGCAUUUUUGCAAUGCUUGCCAUGAUGAUUUCCAAAGAAUGACAAGCAUCCCUAAAGAAGAACUCCCACACUGUCCUGCAGGUCCCAAAGGUAAACAACUUGAAGGAACAGAAUGUCCACUUCAUGUUGUCCAUCCACCCACUGGUGAAGAAUUUGCUCUGGGUUGUGGGGUUUGCAGAAAUGCUCACACUUUUUAGACUAGCAUUUUUUUUUUUUUUACCAGAGCAAAACAGGUGCCCUCAUCCCUCAAGUGUACUGAAAAUAAAGUCCAGCUGGGAUGAGGACGGGACCAUUUCAUAACCCAGGUAAAAGGAACAAUUUACAGUGCAAGAAGGAUGCCAAAUAUCAUGUACAUAAUUCUUGCUGUGAGAUAUUGACAUUUUUUGAACCGAGACAUCAAAACUUGUGAGGUGUUUGCAUGUGGCCAUUACAGUCAUCGGCUAGGAAACAUUGGACAUUUACAAAUAAAUAAUUGCUAUUAAAGGAUCUGUGUGUCUGUCGACUAUGAAUGAUGCUGGCUUUCAGGAGAAAGAAAAAAAAAAAUUGAUUAUUGUAUACUGACUUUUUGUAAUCUUGUACAAUUGUAACGCAUCACAAGUGGGGAUGGGAAAGAGGAAUAUUCUGGUUUAUUUCCUAGACUGUUAUAAAAAAAAAAAAAAUUGUGUUAGGAAGGCAUAAAUGUAACAAGUAUCACGCUGUAUAUAAAGGUAUCAAUGUUUGUCCUGUAUAAGAAUUAUUAAAUUACAACAGCAGUUUCAUUUAAACUUCUGGGUUAUGUUUGAGCCUGAAAUUUUAAUGAAGUGCAAUACUGAGUGUGCCUCAUAUCUUGCAGCUGUAAACAUAAUGGAAUGUACAUGUCAAUAAAGCCACUGUACAUUUUUAUACAGUGAAA